UAAACACUGAAAGUGUUACGUUAAUUGGUUGUUACGUUAAUUUGGUUGUUAAAAUUAAAUUAUUAUUAACGAGAAUUUAUGACAUUUAAUUGCUUUCCAACAUAAAACUCGAAAAGAUUGUGAUCAUGGAACCGAACGAACGGAAGAAUGAUUCCGUAAGUUCUCUCCCUGAAGAUGCUCCUGUGAUUAAGGAUAAUGUUGAUACAAAUAACGGAAUAGAGAUUUCUAAGUCACAAGCGUGCAAUGAGCCGAGCACUGAAUCUUCCCAAGAUGGGACGGAUGAUAAAACAAUUUCGAAAGAGUCAGGAUUUAAGAAGCCGCUUCUCCUUAUCGGUCCCAAACGAGGUAAGACCGGAAAAAUUCGAACCGUGAACAACAACCCAGUUUUUCCACCAUCCGAAUCGUUAUCCGUAAGUAAGGAAGCUACCGAACCUGCUCAUCCGCAAAAUGACGCUGAGGAUAAGACCGAUAAACCAACAUCAGAUAGUUCGAUGGAGCAGAAUGUCCCACCUGAGGCAAGAAACAUUCCUAUACCAUAUUUAGAGCCAAAAUGGGGAGGAAAACCAGACCAGGAAUAUAAAUUGGAAGUUCUCAAAUCAGGAAUGAUUAUAGAGAAGAUCGAUUUGACCGAAAAAAGUUUUUAUUUAAUAGGCAGACUACCUUCUUGUAACUUAUCACUCGCUCAUCCAACUAUUUCAAGGCAUCAUGCGAUAAUUCAAUACAGAGCAAUAGAUGACGAGAAGAAUUCUAAAGGUUUUUAUCUAUAUGACUUGGAAAGCACACAUGGUACAUUCUGGAAUGGGCAUCGUAUAAAAUCAAGGACCUAUGUUCGGUUGCAAGGUGGUCAUAUGAUAAAAUUUGGUUGCAGUCAGAGAAAAUAUAUUGUGCAAGCUCCACCAGAAGAUCAGGAGGAGGAAUCUGAACUGUCAGUUACUCAACUCAAGGAAAAACGAAUGGAAGAAUUGCGCGAACGAGAGAUUAAACAACAAGAGGAAGAAGAAGCAGAAGAGAAAGCAAGACUGGCAGCGGAGAACGAGGGUAUUGAUUGGGGGAUGGGAGAAGAUGCCGACGAAGAAACGGAUCUUACAGAGAACCCUUAUGCUUCUAUGGCGGACGAAGAGUUAUAUCUAGACGAUCCUAAAAAAACACUAAGAGGCUGGUUCGAAAGAGAAGGAUAUGACCUGCAGUAUGAAGUUGAGGAGAAAGGGAUAGGCCAAUUUUUGUGUUGGAUAAAUUUACCUAAAGAAUGUUUCGGCGGUCGUUCCAUGAGGGCAGAAGCUCUUGUCAAAGGGAAAAAGAAAGAAUCCGUUGUCCAGUGCGCUUUGGAAGCCUGUAGAAUUUUAGACAGACAUGGAUUAUUGAGACAAGCCAAUCAUGAAAGUCGAAGAAAGAAAACGAGGAACUGGGAAGAGGAAGAUUAUUAUGAUUCGGAUGAAGAUAACUUUUUAGAUAGAACGGGAACAGUAGAGAAGAAACGUGAACAGAGAAUGAAGUUGGCUGGAAAAUUUGAAGAAAAAGUAGAGACGUAUAGUUCACUGACUGAGAAGCAUAACGAGAUUUUGAAUAAAAUUUCACAUUUGAAUAAUCGCUUAAAAGAAGCACAGGAGAAUAUUACUAAAACUGGAGAAUCUAAUGAGGAUUCAUUGGACGCCUUUAUGUCUAGUUUGAAUACAUCUACUUUGAGUAAGAGUGAUAUAACAAAAAUGAAAGUGGAGUUGCAAAAUCUACGUAGAGAAGAAAUGAAGCUUAUUAAAUUAAUAAACCUUACGAAGCCGGCCAAUUUACCACCUCUUGUCAGUCAAGUGCAAGCAGAAGAUAGCAAGGCAGAUCAACAAAAAUCAAAACUUUCCCUGAGAAAGAUUUCUCAACUUGAACGAAGAAGAAAACUUUUUGAGACAAACAACAAAGACGGUUCUGAGAGAGAAUCGUCAACUUUAAAUAGUAAUAGUACUAUGGAUAAUGAAGAAGAAGAGGAAGAAGAAGAUGAUGAAGAAAAAGAAAAAGAAGCUAAAGAAGAUAAUGCAAAAGAAAAAGAGGAAAAGGAUAUAAAUGUACAUAAAUUCGAAUGCGAAAAAUCUACAUUAUAUAAGAAUGAAAUUGAAUCAAAUAAUAGUUUGACAAUCGAUGAUAAAUCAUGCAUGAAAGGCGUUAAUCAGGAUAUGGAAGCAAAUAAGCCUAUUGCAGAUCAAGAAACGAAAAAGGAUAGAAAAUCGGAGAAAUCGAAAAGUAUAAAAAGACAGUACGAUCAAGAUGUCCACUCGGAAGAUUAUUCUACGUGGAUACCGCCACAAAACCAAUCCGGAGAUGGAAGGACAAAUCUUAACGAUAAAUAUGGAUAUUAAAUUAAUGCUAGCGUCAUAAGAAAAAACAAUGUAAAUAUUUGUCAAAAAUUUAAUAUUACCAUACAUGGUAAUACACAAGGGAUUAUUUAUUUUUUACAUCUAAAAUAUAUAUAAUCUCAAAUGUA